AUGAAAGCAUGGCAAAUUGCCGCUCCAGGAACCAUUGAAAAUUCGCUCAAACUCAUCGACAAUGCGACAAAGCCAGCACCGCCCCUGAAAAAGGGCCAGAUCCUCGUCGAGGUCAUCAGCGCGGGCCUCAAUCCCGCAGACUACAAAACCGUCGAGAUGGGCUUCCUCUCCAAGGCCAUCCUGUCCUUCCCCAAGACGCCCGGCAUGGAUCUCAGCGGCCGCGUCGUCGCGGUAGCAGAUGAUGUUACGGACGUCAAGGCCGGAGACGUCGUGCUGGCCCGCGUGGAUCCUACAAAGGGGGCUGGCUCGCUGUCUCAGUACGUCGUCGCCGAGCGCGCUGGGUAUGCUGCUUUACCGGGGGACUUUGACAUGGAUGUAGCUGCUGGUGCGCCGACGACUGCCCUGACGGCGUAUCAGACGAUCAAGCCGUAUGUCGAAACGGGCUCCAAGGUCUUUAUCAACGGCGGGUCGGGAGGCGUUGGCACCUUUGGGAUUCAGAUCGCAAAGGCUCUUGGGUGCUACGUCGCCGUCUCCUGUUCUACGACGAAGAAGGAGCUCUGCGAGAAGCUGGGUGCCGAUGAGAUUUUCGAUUACAAGGCCGGCGAUUUGGUUGCGCAGCUCAAGGAAAGCGGCAAAGUCUUUGAUCUCAUCGUCGACAAUGUCGGCUCUUCCCUGCCGGGACUCUACCAGCAGUCGAAGCAUUAUCUCAAGCCAAAGGGGGCCUACGUGUUGGUGGGUGGUUCAGCGUCACUGAAGAGUGCCAGGAAUGUUGCCGUGGCGAAGCUUGUGCCGUCGUUUUUGGGUGGAGGGAGGAACAAGCUCGUCACGUACAUGACGUCGAAUAACCACGAUGAUUUGGCACAGAUUGCGCAGUGGUUGGGAGAAGGGAAGGUAAAGACGAUUAUUGAUGCGACGUUUGAGUUUGAGGAGGCUGCGCAGGCUUUUGUGCAUCUGAAGAAGGGCUCGAGUAGUGGCAAGGUGAUUGUCCAUGUUUCGAAGAAGACGUAA